ACAGAACACAAAACAAACUUCCAAUUCCAAAGCUCCUCAUUGUAUUGCAUUUGCAAUGAUUCUUUUGGUGCAAAAGUUUGAUAAAUUUUACUCUAAACUGGAGAAUUUCCAUCACCACAAACACAACCACCAAUCACAAGCCUUAACAGCAUCUCUGGAGGCUUUCAAAUCCCAUGUUUCAAAUUGCUUGAACAAAUUGUCUUUAAGUUCAAAAUCUGGCUUUGAAAUCCCAUCUUUUUCAUGGAUUCAACAGUGUUUUGAGCUCCUACCCAUCAUCAACCAUGCUUUUGCCAAGCUAGUUGUGGCCAUAGACUAUCCUGUGAGCAAAUGGGAAGCUGCUUCUGUGGAUGAGUAUCUCAAAUACAGUUUGAAUUUGUUGGAGCUUUGCAAUUCCAUUAGUUCCUCUUUGUCUCAUCUUGGGAAGGCUAGGCUUUCACUAGCUCAUGCUUUGAGCCUUGUGGAGAAUUCAUCACUUUCUUUGGCUUUAAAGCAUCUGAAGCCAAUCCAACCAAAGGGUUUGAACAAGGAACUCAGAUUCCAAGGAAAUGAAGAGAUUGGGAAACCAAGGUGUCCCAAUAUUAGCAAGCAAGCUGUUAUUGAUCAAGCUUUGGUGGUUAUGCAGGGUAUGGUAUUUUGGGUAUGUGGGAUUUUGAUGUCUGGCUUAGUUGGGGAAGCCAAGCCAUACUUGGAGAUGAGAAGUUCAGGUGGAAGGUUUGUUGAUUCAUGGCUUCCUGGAUUGGAUUUGAGAGCAAGUGAAGUAAUUGUGGAGAGAAAUGGUGUUUUGAAAGAGGUGAAAGAGCUUGAUGAUGCAGUGGCUAGCCUUGCUGCUGCUAUUGGAACUGGAAAAAGCAGUGAUGAAGCAGCUGAGGAAUUAAAGAGAAGAUUAGAGGUGUUUGAGAAGUUGGUGGAGGGUUUUGGGAAAGAGGUGGAUUGUCUCUUCAAUAAGGUUUUGGCUGGGAGAAAUCAAUUGCUCAAUGGCCUUGGACAGCAAAAGCAGUAGAGAACAAUUGUAUAAUUUAGUCUGUACAGAAUAUUGUUGUAUGUUUAUUGAUUUUACCUUCUUUUUUUUAUUAUUAUUUAUUUUAUGAUUGUAAUCAUGUAUUCUUUUUCCACAUAAAAACACUUUGAAAAACCA